UUCAGUUGCGUUAUAAAGAGUCUUGGAUCUUUAGGCGUUUCACAGUGUAAUAAAAGGUAUUUGAUAUUAAUGGCGAAAGUUGCCUUGGGAACCAUCCGAGAGGCCACACAGCCUGACUGCAUCAAAGCCCUUAUCGUCGAGUUCAUUACAACCUUCCUUUUUGUAUUUGCUGGAGUUGGAUCCGCCAUGGCAGCCGAUAAGCUAGAGUCAGGUUCGCUGGUGGGCUUGUUUGCUGUGGCUAUCGCACACGCACUAGUUGUUGGGGUGAUGAUAUCAGCUGGCCACAUAUCUGGCGGUCAUCUUAACCCGGCAGUCACGCUUGGCCUCCUCGCCGGUGGUCACAUCACCGUCUUCCGGUCCUUACUUUAUUGGAUCGAUCAAUUAUUAGCAGCUUCAGCUGCUUCUAUUCUUCUUUACUACAUUACUGGGGGCUUAACUACUCCAAUCCAUUCACUGGCAAGUGGGGUGGGGUACUUGCAAGGGGUAAUAUGGGAGGUUGUUCUAACCUUCUCCUUGUUGUUCACAGUGUAUGCUACUAUAGUGGACCCCAAGAAGGGGGCUCUUGAUGGCUUGGGCCCAACUCUUACUGGGUUUGUUGUCGGGGCCAACAUCUUAGCUGGUGGGGCUUUCUCAGGGGCCUCAAUGAACCCGGCACGCUCCUUUGGACCAGCUUUGGUAAGCGGGGACUGGACCGAUCACUGGGUUUACUGGGUUGGCCCACUCAUUGGUGGUGGCCUUGCUGGUUUUCUCUAUGAAAAUUUCUUCAUCGUCAGAACUCAUGUCCCUAUUCCUACUGAGGAAGAACGUUACUAAUUGGUGUUGAUGUGGCCUUUUCUUGAUGUAUUCUUGUUUUUGUCUAGUGAUGCUGCCUUCUCUAGUUUUCCAUUUCCAACUCUCUGGGAGCAUAUGCUUCUAUGAAAUUCUAUCCUGCAA